AUGCCCGAAAAGCCCUUUGAUAUCCUCGCCAAACUCAAGUGCAAAUUCAACUUCAAGAUACCGGUUCGAAAGCAGUCCAAAGGCAAAGGCCGAAAAAAGAUCUCAUCUCUAGCAAAAUCAGAAAAAAUUGAGCCGGAAACUCCUGGUGGAUCUCGUGCGCUACCCAAAUCUGUGGAACCGCACAGUGAAUUGGAAUGUUAUACGACUGCAACCUCCUCAAGCACUCGCUCAAACCGUUUACAGAAGCCAACAGCAGGCACACAGGUUCCAGAUCUUCGGGGGGAUAUUGAGAGGAUUCUGGCUGAGCAAGGCCUACCACUACAUAAUUUUGGUGCUAAUGCGCCAAAAGAGGGGAGUGAUCGGAUUCAAGCCACAAUUGAUCCAGCUCUUCUAUCCGACAAUGACUUGCCCGCUGACUGGAGGAAUGAACCAAUUUUUGACGACCCAAGUAUGUUUUUACCUACUUACUUCCAUUGUAAUAUGAAAAGAUACUAA